GAGGAAACAAGAAACCCCACGGUCUUGCUAAAUCUCCAGCAGCAACGGAUUUGGUACUCCAGGGAGAAGAGGAAGCAAAGCCCCAGAGACACAGCAAAGAAGGAGCGUGAGGAGCAGGAGGGCUGCCCUGACACACAGCCCAGGCCAGCCUGUACAUGCAGCUCCUGCUGCUGCUCAUCUGGGCACUGCUGCCAGGCUGCUGGGCGGUGACGGGACCUGGCACCGUGCGGGGACUCCUGGGGGGGUCCCUCUCGGUGACCUGCACGUACGAGGCCAGCCAGCAGACAAAGCCAAAAUUCUGGUGCAAACCGGCAACAUUUCGUACCUGUGCUGAGGACAUCGUCAUCACCUCGGAGCUGGAGACAGUGGUGCGGAGGGACCGAUUCUCCAUCCGGGACAAUCGCACACGCCGGGUGUUCACAGUGACCGUGGAAGGCCUGACCUUGGAGGAUGCGGGCACCUACCGCUGCGGGGUGCGAACGAGCAUAAUCCAGCGUGAUGAGAGUCACGAGGUGAAGGUGAUCGUGUCCCCAGAUCCUUCUACUUCCUCCUCCCCAGCGUCAUCCUACUCCAUGACCACCAAGCACCCCAAUCUCACUAGCUCUGUAUCAGUCUCCACACAGACAACUCCCCAGGGAAAAGCUGUGCAACCGGGAUCAAAUGGCUCCCACCACGAAGACACCGGCUCUCCACAAUUCGAUGUGGUUGUGCACAUCCUCACGCCAGGCAUCGUAGUGGUUCUUCUUAUGCUUGCAGUUGCUGCUGGCAUUUUGGUAAUGCUGUCCAGGAAGAGGAAGAAGGCCCUCUCCGGAGCAGCUGUAGAGAUGGACGGGACACGCAGCACGUCACAUACAGGAGCGGCCACCUUGAACUACGCGGACAUUAACCACCGCACGGGCACAGCCGAGAGCCAGUUGUACAGCAAUGCCGAGGCUUUCCGCUGCUUGGCGGACACUAGGACCGAAUACACGGAGGUGAAGCACAGCAAUAAGGAGCGGCAGAAGAAAGCCAGGUUGCCCGAGAGCAGUGACGGCUCCAAGGACUCGGACAGCUCUGCUGGGCGCCGGGGCAGCACUAGCCGGAAGCACGGGCGAUGGCGGGGACGGCUGGACAGCCCUGGGGCGCUGGUGUCCAAGGUGGUGAGAGCCGUCACAGUGAGACACAAACCAGGAUGGAGGCUGCCGGCGGCACCGGACUCUUCCAGCCGGAGGAACCUGACGGAGCUGCGUGGGGAGGCCCAGCUGGCUGUCUUCCAGCAGGGUGACACGGGCAGUGUGGAGGGGGCUCCCCAGCCCACCGAGAACAGCUUCACCCCCAAGUGUGAAAUCACAGGCAAAGAUGCCCUCUCAGCUCUGGCUCGGGCCAGCAGCAAGCAGUGCCAACAGGAGAUCGCCAACGUGGUGUGUCUGCACCGGGCUGGCAGCCUCAUGCCCCAGUCUGUGCCUCGCCACUGUCAGCUCUCGGGCAAGGUCAGCCCUGUCAUCCAGUGGGAUGAGAGUCGGCUGCAGCAGGCGCCCCCCAGCAAGCCCGUGCGCAUUGCCUACAUGCUGGUUGUGCACGGCCGGGCCAUUCGCCAGCUAAAGCGGCUCAUCAAGGCGGUGUACCACCAGCAGCACUUCUUCUACAUCCACGUUGACAAGCGCUCCAACUACCUCCAUCAUGAGGCGGUGGAGCUGGCCCGGCACUACCCCAACAUCCGCGUGACGCCCUGGCGCAUGGUGACCAUCUGGGGAGGUGCCAGCCUGCUGAAGAUGUACCUGCGUAGCAUGAAGGACUUGCUAGAACUGGCCGAGUGGCCCUGGGACUUCUUCAUCAACCUGAGUGCCACUGACUACCCCACGAGGACCAAUGAGGAGCUGGUGAUGUUCCUGUCCAAAUACCGAGAUAAGAACUUCCUGAAGUCUCAUGGCCGAGACAAUGCCAGAUUUAUCAAGAAGCAAGGCCUGGACCGCCUGUUCCAUGAGUGUGACUCCCACAUGUGGCGGCUGGGCGAGCGCCACAUCCCCGAGGGCAUCGUGGUGGAUGGGGGCUCCGACUGGUUCUCGCUGACGCGCAGCUUCGUGGAGUACGUGGUCUACACUGACGACCAGCUGGUGUCCCAGCUGCGCCAGUUCUACACCUACACACUCCUGCCAGCCGAGUCCUUCUUCCACACAGUCCUGGAGAACAGUCACGCCUGCGAGACACUGGUCGAUAACAACCUCCGAGUGACCAACUGGAACCGGAAGCUUGGCUGUAAGUGCCAAUAUAAACACAUAGUCGACUGGUGCGGGUGCUCCCCAAAUGACUUCAAACCCCAGGACUUCCUCCGGCUACAGCAACUCUCCAGACCCACCUUCUUCGCCCGCAAGUUUGAGUCAACGGUGAAUCAGGAGGUGCUGGAGAUCCUGGACACACACCUCUACGGCAGCUACCCCCCCAACACGCCGGCCCUGAAGGCAUACUGGGAGAAUGUCUAUGACCGCGUCGAUGGGCUCAGCGGCCUCAGCGAUGUCACCCUCACCUUCUACAUGGCCUUUUCCAGGCUGGGGCUCCGCAAAGCCACGUCUGCGCCAGCAGCAAAGACUGACAAGCUCUGCAGAUUUGAGCCCCAGGGCUUCCCUUCCAGUGUGCACUUAUAUUUCUAUGACGACCGUUUCCAGGGUUACCUGGUGAUGCAGGAAGUGCAGAAUUUGGCAACUGGGCAGGCAGAGUCCCUGGAGGUGUGGAUGAUGCCCCAAGGAGCUCUGAAGCUGGCGGGUCACGGAGUGCAAGCAAACCGCUUACAAAACCUUGAGGUGGGCACAGAGUGGGACCCCAAGGAAAGGCUCUUCCGGAAUUUUGGAGGCUUGAUGGGGCCUUUUGAUGAGCCAGUGGCCAUGCAGAAGUGGUCGCGAGGCCCUAACCUGACGGCCACGGUGGUGUGGAUCGACCCCACCUAUGUCAUCGCCGCCUCCUACGACAUCACGGUGGAUGCCGAGGCAGAGUUCACCCAGUACAAGCCCCCCCUCAAUCGGCCCCUACGCCCCGGUGUCUGGACCAUCCGCCUCCUUCAGUUCUGGGAGCCCCUGGGGGAGAACCAGUUCCUGGUGGUGCCCCAGACCUUCAACCGCAAGCAGCCUCUCAGGAAAGAUGACAGUAACUGGCUGCACGGCGGGCCCCCCCGCAACGAGUACAUGGAGCAGAGCUUCCAGGGCCUGGGGGGGAUCCUCAACCUGCCGCGCUCCGAGGAGGCGGAGGAGGACGCGGUGCGGAAGGCGCAGCUGACGGGCAAGGCGCUGGAGGACUGGGCGGACGGUGCCAUCAGCACUUUCUGGUCUGUGGCAGAUGUCUGCGUCAGCAGCCCCUCUGCCUGCGCUUCACUGGAGACCUGCAGCAAAACCUCCUGGAGCUCCCUCUCCCCGGACCCCAAAUCUGAACUGGGGCCCGUCAAACCUGACGGGCGGCUGAGGUAGCAGGAGCAGCCAGGGGGGUGGCCUUGGGAGCGAGGAGCAUUCUCCAUCACUGGCGUGGGGGGGUCUCCGGACUGCAUCACCCUGUGUGAUUCGCACCAUAGUCGCUCAAGGAAGAGAGCAUGGGAACCUCUGGGCCGGGGAAAACCUUCUCCUGUGGGUGUUUUGGGCGGAGGGGGAGGUGUGAGGUCGGUGUUGCCCACCUCCCCCAGGAACAGGCGCUUGUUGGCCAGGGACAGUGUGCCGGGGUGCCCAUCACCGCGGGGGCAUGGAUGACGCUGGCAGCUGGGAAGAGCUGCGUGUUUGUUACUUCAGGCCUCGGGAAGGAGUGAUGGGGGAGGGAGGGGAGGCUGGCGGAUGGGCAGGCUCUGGCCCAGCUCAGCAGCCUGCCCUCCCUGCCACCCCCAGGCCAGAUCCCCGCAGGAUCGGGCCCUGUGCUGCUGGCUGCGCCCCCCCCCCCCCCGGGAGGGCUGGCAUGGGACUCUAGGGACAGGCGGAAGCAGAAUGGGUCGGAGCCUGCCGUGUGCACGGAGCUGCUGCUGGCCCAGGGCUUGCAUCUCAUCCCCUCCACCCCAGCCCUUUAGUUUGUAUUUUUAUAAAUAUAUAUAUAGAAAUAUAUAUGAUGCAAAGUGCAAUAGAGACGAGACCCCGCAUUGGCCGGGAAGUCCUUGUGUCUCCAUAUCCCCUCGGACUGUAACAUACCUUGUUCUCUUGGGUGUCCUGGUGCUACAGGACAGGGUGCUGGGUUGUUUACGUAAUUUUUUUUUAAUUAUUAGUAUUUUUUUAUUAUUAGUAUUAUUAUUUUGCUGUUUCCCCAUUUCCUGCUGGGGAGCUGCACCCUGCUGCCCCUUGGGCAGGGCUGCCCCAGGGUUGUGGGGUGCUGCCUGCCCUCCGAGGCAGCUGCCCAACCGUGCCAAACAUUUGGAGCUGCUGGUCUGUGUUUUGUGCGACGGUAAGCCAGGGAGCGCUCAGUUCAUGGUUCAAGUCCAACAAAACUCUGUAGAACCUCCCGCCUCCGUCUCAACUUCGGCAAAGGGAUGCCCCAGUCCCCUGCCAAAAUGCCAUCCCCGGGGCUGAUGUCCUGCUGCAGAGGUGACAGCAGCUGGCCGUGCCCGGGGGGCUGCCCUGUGCCACGGCCCUUUGGCCCAGCCUUUCGUUUUUCUCCCGGGUCGGCAGAAGCUCUCGGGAUUUGCUGUGCUUCCCUGGCCAAAAAACAAAGAGGUUUAAGGAUGCCGGUGCCGCAAGAGGCACGUUGUAAAAGGGAGAGGAUGGAGACCUUGGUGCGUGAGGGCAGGUACCUGCCAGCACCCCAGCCCCCCCCUCCUGCGCCCGCUCCCUCGCGGGGUGCUCUGGGGCUGGGGGGGGGGAACGUGGGGUGAGAGGGGCCGUGCAGGGCCUGGCCCCGCUGCAGGGGAGGAUGCCAAAACUCUGUGUCAGAAGUAUUAUGUAAAGUUGUCUUAAAUAUGCAACAUCACCACAAAUAUAUC